AUGUCAAGCUCUUAUCCCAGGGCGCAGAAGGUCACCUGGAAAUCCACCAACUUUAAAACCAUUCUGACCUGGGAACCAUUACCAACGGAUUACUCCUACACUGUAGAAUACUCAAUGGUCUCCAGGGACAAACAGAGAAACUCUAAUUGCAUACGUAUCUCGACAACUACGUGUGAUCUGACUGGUUCACUGACGGAUUUAAAUGCCUGCUAUGUAGCCGAUGUCCUUUCUGAACCCCCAUUGGGAGCGGCCUCUGACCUCGUCGAGUUUCCGUACACACGCUCGUCGCGGUUCUGCCCCUUCAAUGACACCGAUAUAGGAAGACCCUCUUUCAAGUUGGAGGUGAGCAACGAUAAAAAGAAGACUACGAUGUAUGUGACUGACCCAUUCACUGCAUUGUUUAAAGAGGGCCACCAGCUAAACAUCAGAGACAUUUUCACAGAGAAUCUUCACUACAAAGUUACAUAUAAUCGAAAUAAAAGCUCUGGCAAGAAAGUUAUCAUCUCAAAGAACAGCAUCAUAGAGCUGACUGAUCUGGAUGAAGGAGAAAGCUACUGUUUUAAUGUGCAGGCCUAUAUUCCGAGCCGCGGCGUCAAUAAACAGCUGGGGGAGUUGAGCCAAACUCAGUGCUCUGAUGGCGAUGACGAAAAAUCCGUCUUUAAAGUUUAUUCAGUCAGUGUGAUCGCAUCUGCCAUUGUCCUCAUCUUGCUGCUGAUCAUCAUAACAGUUGUAAUAAUAGUGUGCUGCAGGCGCAAGAAGAGCACCCUCAAAACUGAAAAAGAAGGAGUCCCACUGCAAAGUAUAUAA